CCCUCCGCCUGGCGGUGCCUCAGAGACAGCUCCUUUUGCAGAGAUGCAGCAGCUGGGCAAGGCUACUUAGGCACCUCCUCGCCUUGGCUGCCCUGAAGGGUCACAACAACGACAGAGAGAGAAGAAACGAUCAACUCUCCUCCUCCAGGAAGGUUUGCACCACCCUGCUGCGUCCUCCAUCUCCCCAGCCCCCUGCUCCAUGAUGUCCUCCAUCCUGAACCUGACUGAGAAGCAUGGAUUUACAUUUCUAGGAGUGCAUCUUGAGCUUUGGGAAUUCUUGAAAUCACAGAAAAACUUUGGACCUGGAAUGUGAUAUGAGGAAUAGAAGGAGUUGGGAGCCUUUCUGAUCAGAAUGAAACAGAUGUUGAGAGAUUUUUCAAAUCUCUUGCUAGUUGUACUCUGUGACUAUGUUCUUGGAGCUGUGCAAUAUCUUCUUUUGGAGCAACCAACCCAUCUAGCUUUGAGCAAUGGCACAGUGUCACUUGGCUUCCAGAAUUAUGAUGGUGGUAAUGUGACAUUGAGAAAUAUCUCCAUCCUGCUCAUCGAUGCAAGCACCAACCAAACUGUUGCAGAAAAACAGCUUCUACAUAGCCAGUACCAAGAUAUUGUUGUCUUUGAGUGUUUUCAUUUUAAGAGAGCUGGGAAGUACUGGUUCAAAAUGGUUUCUGAAAUCAACAAUGGCUCUGAUUCCCAGUGGAAUGAAGAGACUAUCGCACUGAGUGUGAUGUGGCCUGUAUUUCACUUUGAUUUGAGACGGACCUCAGAAAGACUUGGAAGCUCCCUUCAACUCCAGCUGUUUACUGAUGAAUAUUUAUGUCCAUUGAAUAAUACGGUGCUUUCACUAGAAAUAAUACUGUCUAACAGUUUACACAGAUUAGGGACAUUGAUCUUGAAUGAGACUGUGGGAUUGAGAACUCGCAAAAAAAUUUCCCUCCUUAGAUCCCAGUGGGUGAAAUUUGACUGCCUGUCAUUUGGCCAAGAAGCAUAUGUGGUGGUGUUACUGAAAUCGCCAGUGACCAAUGCAAUCAUCGCUUCAGCAGAACCUGUAGAUCUUUUGCACAAAUUUGGCUACAAACUGGUUGUUGCAGCAGAAGAAGAAAUAUGUCAGUCUUCAAUCACAGUUUCUGUUAUUCCUCCUCCAUGCAUUUCUUCCAGUGGGCACAUUGCUGUGUUCAAAGAUCGUCUUGGGCCUUUGGGCCAAAGGGCAUUAAAGCUGCAUGAAAGCACCAUGAACCCAAAGGACAGCCAGGUAGAAUUCAACUGCACACUGUUCGACAAAGGCACAAACAAGUACUGUUUUGAAUUCAGGCAGUUGAACCAAGUCGAUUCCCAACCAAGAGCAAAAGAAUGCAGGGUAAUCCAGAGGAAUGUCGUAUCCUGGAGUCUUUGGCAGGCCUGGAGCCCAUGUAGUGUGACCUGUGGGGAUGGCAUCCGUGAGCGCUCGCGAGAGUGCCUCACAUCAAUCCCGACGAAGCUGGGCUGUGUGGGGAAACAUCGUGAACUGUCUCCAUGUUCUUUGGAGGAGUGCUGCACCACUGAGUCUGCACCCAUCACACCACAUCAUCCUAAAGAAGGCCAGAAAACUGCCAAUAAUCUGGUCACUGUCACUGGCAUAUCCUUGUGUUUAUCCAUCAUCUUUGCAACCAUCCUUAUCACCUUGUGGAGGAAACUUUGCAGAACCCAGAAGUGUAGCACCCCCAUGCGCUGUGACUCUUCCCAUUCGCCUGGCUUCCGGAAGAACUCCGAUGAAGAGAAUAUCUGUCAAGAGAGACAGCAGCAAGACAGCUUUUCUGAGGCAGAAGCCCUUUGUUCGUCUCUUGGGGAACCUUCUGAUAUGCCCUUGAAUUUCAGGAGAAGCCAUCAUUUUGCUCAAGAUGAAGGAGGAUCUUCCAUUAAUGAGAGCAAUGCUCAGAAGAUAAUUCCCCCCAUUUUCAGCUACCGCCUUGCACAACAGCAGCUAAAGGAAAUGAAGAAGAAGGGUCUUACAGAAACAACAAAGGUUUACCAUGUUUCUCAGAACCCUUUGAUGGACACGGUGAGCACAGAGAACCAGGAGGCUGCGGCUGUAAACAAGUUUAGGAUCAAGUCUCCUUUUUUGGAACAAGUACCUAGUUAUCCUGAAUUACCCAGCAACAGGUCCUGUUCCAAGAUGGAUUUUACAUUAUCAGCCACUGAACCCAUUUGGAGCCCUAGUCAGUUCCUAAUUAGAAGAGGUGCACCAAGAUAUCUGGACAACAAAGGAGAGCCAUCAGAGAGAGGAUACCCAAGAAAUUCACAAUUUAGAAGAACAGCUAGUUUUCAUGAAACUAGAAAGGCAAAGCCAUUCCGCAAAAGGAGCAUGUCAACUCUUACGCCAACCCAGACUCCACUUUACCACUGCAGAACUAGAAUGUGGGAUUGUGUUCCAGAAGAACAGCAUAAACCUAAAUCUAAAGGAGUUGGUCAGAAUACCAUUGAACUUGAGCUGUAUCGCUGUGCGCAUGUAACUUCUGAUGAGAUUAUGUGUGGGGCAAAGAAUCCCAAGUGGGAACCUCCAGAGGUGAAGCCACAUCCUCUCGGCAGCCGCCAACCUGUGUCUCAGAUGCUACAUGGGGCUGAUAGGACAGAGCAGAAGAGAAACAGGAGCAGCCCUUUUAUGAACUACAGGGACACCUGGGGGAGAGAACCUGCUAGGCUGGCUCCCAAGGAUUGUCAUCCAAAAGGAGGUGCUCUGAGCCCCACCCAGUACAGAAGGAGCAAGUGCCAAAGUUUCCCAUCCGAUCCCAAGUACAGCUUCUAUGACAACACUACUUUUGGAAUGACAGAAUCAGAACAGCAAAUGAUGGAUCUGCCUGGCUAUUUUGGAUCUAGUGAAGGUGAAAUAAGUACUUUAAGUAUUGAAAAUCUGGUGAUCUGAGGGUCUUGUGAUCUCAUUGUGACAAACCCUGAGGGCUGCGGUAGAACAUGGCAAAAGUGAUAGCAACAACAAAGAGCCCAUGGAUUUUAUUUCUUUUUUUAAAAAAGUUCAGUUUCAUCAUCAUAAAGGGGCAGGAGGCCCAACUGUUGCUGCAUGUCACAUUUCAACACCAGCUACUUGGGGUGGGGGGAUCAGAUGAUAUAGAAAUAAGCUGCGACUAAAUUAGUAUGCAUUGUAUGUAACUAUGACCCACUCAUAGUUUGGCUUUCAUGCCUCUGAAGCUCCCUCUGAGCUUUCUGAAAAAUAAAACUCUUGGGAAUUAACCCUACACAUUGUUUUGCAUUGACACAGCAGUGUAUAGGAUUCAGUUUUCAGAAUCCUAUUAGUAGUCUUACCAACUUCAUCAUCAUGGAGCUGAUGGUCAUUGUUGCAGCUGGUAUUCUGCCUUUUCUCCAGUUCUUCUUACAAGUGACUGACAAAGGUCUGUGGCAGUGAUGGCCAAGAGUGCCCCUCAGAUACUGUUGGACUAGAACUCUCCCCAUCCCCAAUCAGUGCAGCCAAUGGUGAAGAAUCCAGCACCAUCUGGAGGACCAUAGUUGCCCACGUGUCUUUGGCAUGAUGACAUCCAAAGGACUAUCUGAGCAGCUGGGAGCUCUGUGUUUGAUUAUGAAAAGUGUAGUAUGAGAUUACUGUAAUGGUGGGAAGUAAUGCACCUGGAUUACCUCAACUAGUGGAUGGGACUAAGCCAGCAAAUCAAUCAACGUGAAAAAUAAGGGUGGAUAAUCUGCGGAUUCCAGAUGCUUUGGACUACAACUCCCUUCUGUAGGUGAUCCUGGGAAGGACUUACAUAAUUUGUGUUCCAGGGGUUCCCCAUCCCAGCUCAUAUUAUUCCACCUGCAGUAAGGCUGGGGAACAUGUGGCCAGAUGUUCUUAUAUGGCAAUGCCUGCCAUCCCUUAGCACUGGCUGGAGAUUAUGGGAGCUGUAGUCCAUCCACGCUUGAGGGCCACAUAUUUCACAUCUUUGCCUACAGGAAAAGAAAUCAUUUUCAAACCUCAAGAAGCUACUAAUCCUGUGGCCAUUAUGUGCCUUCUAGUUGACUCAAUGGUGACCCUCUUGUAGGGUUUUCUUGGCAAGAUUUAUCCAAAGGAGGUUUGCUAUCGGCUUCCUCUUACGCUGAGAGUGUUUGGCUUAUUAGUUAUAAAUUUGUGUUCUUAUGGCUGAGUGCUGAGGAUCU